CAGCGCCGAAUGAUCUGGUACAUUCUCUAUCCGUUUCGUGGUACGACUGAUCCACCACGAUUAUCACCCUCUCACCCCAUCCGACGCGCCUUCCAGGCCCAUGGCACCGCGACAGCCCGUCAUUGGCACCUCUCCAUCAUUCUGACCGUCUUCGUAUCGGUUCUACUAUGCUAUCCUGCCUUGUUCCAGUCCGAUAGCCCUGCUUCUACGGGCCUGCGCAACCUACCAAAGCAUGUCUGGACCUCCACCACCGAGGUAUCCGGUGAGCGUCCCGCCGACGUCGACGUUCGCCAGGUAUGGGUCCAUGGCGAUUAUAUGAAGGCAAUUGAUCGACGGGUGAUCAGGGAAGCACUCGAAGCGCAACGUGCCCUUGUCGGAGAUGGUUUUGAGGAGGUGACGAACUCUCAUGAAGACGACAGAUCAAUCCCAGCUGCCUCGGAAGCAUGUCUGACAGCGAAACCCGGCCAAAAAUGGGGGGUGCAUUCGCCAUUAUUAUAUUGGAACUGCUCUCUGGAAGCGCUAGACAGCGAUCAAGAUCUUCUCGCGACCAUCAACUCGAACGUUGACCAACAAUCGGUCCUCAAUCUUACACUACGCCCGAGUACCGUAUUUGCGGGCAAAGUGUUCUCCGGUAGCAAGCUGCAGGCUGCCGACGCCUUGGUACUUACACUUUUCGAUCAGACCAAUUCCACAGUCGGAUAUACCUGGGAGACACGAUCUAGAAAAUUUGCUGCCGAACUUUCUCCCGAAUGGACAGUCUUUCCGGCGCAUGGCCAGGUUGUCAAAUCCCGCCUCUACGAAUUCCGAUUCAAGCCCAUGACGCUUAGCGAUGAUAUCGUCCUGGCUGCGUCCUACUUGAUCACGGCAGCCUAUGUGAUUUGGCGCAUGAUGCAAUUGAGGGCUGUUAAGAGUUGGUUUGGUUUGCUCAUUACGAUAUGCGCUAAGAUGACCAUUUGUGUGAUAGGAAGCUUCACCGUGUGUAGCUUUCUCGGAAUCAAUCUAGCACGAAUCCCACGCCCUUGGUUUCCCGGGGUGGUGUUUUGCUUUGGAUUAGGAAACAUUUUCCGUCUCAUCAAUGUUGUGCUAGAGACUCCUCCACAGAUGCCUCCUGUCCAGCGCAUUGGACACGCCAUUGGAGAGGUCGGGCAUCUGUCACUAGCAGUAGCUGGCCAGAACCUUGUCCUCAUAUACCUUUGUUCCCGAAUCGUAACGCCUUGGGUAGCAGAUUUCUGCGUCUUCGCAGCCGUCACACUAGUCUUGGACUUUGUGUUUCAUUUGACCUUCUUCCUCGCGGUCCUCAGUGUCGACGUUCACCGAAUGGAGCUGCAGGAUUCUAUCGACCGGGUCGACCUAGUACAGUCAUCAAAGACUACUCGACAGGAGCGCCAGUCAUGGCUCGCGUCGCUUCGUGACGGCAACAUGCCCUUCAGCACGAGAUUUGCGGGUUCGGCUGCCAUUUUCUCCAUUAUCCUCGCCCUCAAUUGGCACUUCUUCGACACGUCUAACCGUAAAUUAUCGCCUCGCGCCCUACUAGACCGCAUGAUGGCGAGGGCUGCUGAGCCAGCGCCUUCGGGGCCGGAUCUAUGGAGCCCUCCUCCAAUCAACCAAGCUAGGACCCCCGGGGAUUGGCUCCGAAUCCAGGAUCACAAUACUGCUCGAGAAUUGUUCGGCUUCAUCAAACCACAUGCCCACACCUUCACCGCCCGCGUCUACGAUCCCAUGCUCGUGGUUCUCAAAGGCGCCGAAGGCAGAGAUGUCUCGCAAAAGCCAUCGGAUUUGGCAGAGAGUCUCCGCCACUUUGCCCAGGAGCACGCAUUCCCCGCUGCACUUAUCGUGGUAUUCCUAAUUGCUGGAGUGACUUUGCUCAUGAACUUUCUCCUGUGGACUGGCCUGCCUGAUGACGCUGACUCGGAAGAAGACGAAGAUGCCCUUUUUACUGUCCAGACGCUACCGACGCCGCAGGCUUUGGAUAUAGUUCGUCUUGCUUGUUCACCCAAGGGGCAGCUUGCUAGCAUCAGCCUCGACCGCUCUACAUCUCUCUGGACCCAUGACCCGGCUGUGGGCUUCGUCAAUUCGUCGUUGCUCCAGACUGCCUCGAUGAAGCCGAGCCUUUGGCCUAUUGUGGCAUGCACCAUGGACGACACUGGCAGCCUUCUGGCCAUGUGCACAGACGGCGGCCAACUUGGCAUAUGGAGUCUGUCGGCAGCCCGAUUUCUCCAAUCCCCUACCGUGGAGUUGCGAGGCCAUGUGCCUAUAUUAUUUUCAUUCUUGUAUAUCCAUUCAGGCGACGUGGAUCAACCCAACAUCAUCAUUAUCACUCCAGACGGCUACAUGAGCAUCGUGAAUGCGCGAACCGGCAAUCAGCAGACGAAACGCAUUUGUUCAACGUCCAUUAUCGACGCAACGAUCUACAACUGCGCAAAGGGCGAAUCAAGUCUGAUCUUUGUCAGUAAACCAGGGGAAGUUUACAUAUUGCCUCUCAAGGAGGAUAGCGAUUGGACAGCCGAGGCGGUAGCUGGGCUGGACCCAGGUCCACCGCCAGGCUCGAACCCAUCGAAGAUCAAAUGUAUCUAUGGGCUUCCAAGCCUAGGCUUGAUAUUCGCGCUACGAGCUGAGGAAGCAGAGAUUUUUGACUUCAACAGCAGAGCUUUAAUCCAUGCGCUCCCAAUCGGUCACGUCAGACCACACUCCUUCCGCGUCAUGCACUCAUCACGACGGCAAUGUCCUUGCGGGGCACCAGCCAUCCAUUCUUUUUCUGUCGCUUACACAGAGCAAGAUUCAGACCACAUGAUAAUGCAGACGUUCACACUAGAUUCUGCUCCUACUUCGCAGAUCUGCCUAGGAAAACCGUCCGAGAAUAGUCCUCAGAAAUGCAAAAACCUCAGCCACGCAACGGAAGCCGUCCAUUGUGUCGACCCUGCCGGAGUAUGGGAGACCACAGAUACAUGUAGUAUAGUCGGUAUUCGUCGCUUCAUGCAAUCACCCACACCUUCGUCAUCAGCUUCGGGCGUGGACAGUGGAUACUUCGCGGCCGAGCCAGCCGCCCUAGCCUCAGCGUUGAAGCAACGCGCUACCAAAGAAGGCAAACAUAGCGCUCUAUUCGGCUCCCUGAACUCUUCCUUCGGCCAACCGCCCGCUUCACCUACCGACAUCGACGCAUGGGAAGCCUGGACAUUGACAUCCACGGGCGAGUUCCGGUCCCGACCACUUGUUUCCGACGACGUCGACCCCGACCCCCGCACUCUCAAUGAGCAGCUCUUCGUAGCAGCUCCCGGGCCCAUCGCACGGCUAGGCAAGCGCAGCAUCGCCGCGGGAUUCGGUAACACCGUCAAAGUUAUCACGCUCGGUCGAGAAACCUUCGACGGUAUCACGAGCACCGCCAGCCCGAACGAAGACCAGGCACUAGGCGUGGGCAUAGGCAGCUACAAGUGGAGAGCAAGGAGAGGCACGGGACGAAAACUACAGUAA